AUGGCAUCACCGGCAUGGAGCUUUGCGGCUCGCGUUUUGUGCCUGUGUGCAUUGGCCGUUGGCCAGGAUGACGGAGCAACAUUUAACCUUCCGUAUGGUUAUGACCUCGACACUGCUGGCACAAGUGCGAGCUCCAGUUAUGACCUCGACACUGCUGGCACAAGUGCGAGCUCCAGUGUCUUGAACAACUUGUACAGCACAGAUGGCCAUGAAUGCGGUGGCCAUGAGGAGCAGUGGACGAGAUGUGAGGACCUCCCGGAGUGCGACACCUGCCAGCCUGUGGAUUGCAUGUUCUCGGAGUGGAGCGACUGGUGGCCAGGAGCUGGCUGCAUCGGUCUCAUGUUUCGCCACCGAAGCAUUGCAGUUCCUAGCAAUCAAUGUGGCUUGCCGUGCUAUGGCUCUGGCAUCGAGUCGAAACGUUGGUUUGCCGCUGAGUGUGGCGGAACAGCGCAUGAUUGCAUUAUGUCAGCCUGGGAGCCGUGGAGUUCUUGCAAAAGCGAAAAGGAUCAGUCGAUAAGGAAGCGUUCGGUUGAAAGGCCAUCGUCCAAUAGCGGUGAGCCCUGCAUGGGUUCGACCUCAGAGACCAGACCCUGUGGAGGACCACGGCCUCAACCGUGCAUCUUUGACCCAUGGCAGUCUUGGACCACUUGCAGCGUUUCCUGUGGCCAAGGUAGGUUCACACGUCUCCGCAAGAUCCGGAGUGAGGGCCAUCUGAGUGGGCAAACGUGUGAGAGCUCUCUUUUGGAGACUCACAUUUGCCAGCUGAGGCCAUGUGUGUCGAAGGACUGCUUGCUUUCUCCUUGGACGGAUUGGAGCUUCUGUGGAGCGGCAGGCAUCCAGCGCAUGAGGCACAGAUCUGUCCUACAGAACCCUGAAGGGCUCGGUAUGGGAUGUGAUUCCAGCUUGGUCGAGACGAGUGGCUGUUCGAGCAAGGCUCCGCAUCACUGUGAAGUCACAUCCUGGUCUGAUUGGUCGACAUGUGACCGCACAUGCCACGGCGGGCAGAAGUUUCGUUCACGAGAGCUCGUUCAUGGAAAGUCUCGAAGGAAUUUCUGCUCAGCCAUAAAGCUGAAGCAAGCAGCCGCCUGCUCAACACGCCAGUGCUAUUCACAUUCCCUUGACUGUGAGUUGAACGACUGGACUUCAUGGGCCGCAUGCUCAUCCAAGGUCGGGUUCGGGGUAACUCACAGAAAGCGAACCAUUCGGAGACCUGCUGGGCUUGAUGCGUCCGGGUGCUAUGGCGUUGUGGGGGAAAUGGCUGCAUGCAAGCUCUCACCCCCAAGACCAAUAGACUGCAUCUGGGGCGUGUGGAGUGAAUGGAGCGGCUGUUCCUGCUCGUGUGGAGGUGGCACCAAAAGACGUAGCCGUGCGAUUGAGAUGUCGCCACAGAAUGGAGGAGCACCUUGCCAGGCCAAAGACAAGGAGGUCAUAGCUGUCUGCAACACAAUGAAGUGUGAUACUACAUGCGAAGAUGGCUACUGGGGUGCCUGGAUGGAUUGGACGCAUUGCUCAGCCACAUGCUCUUCAAGCUACCGCUCCCGCCGACGAUCUCUGGAGGUUCUUCCCAAUACCUGUGGCUCCGUCCCGACUGGAUUGCGAGAACAGUUUGAACUGUGCGAUGAUCUGGAUGAUUGCGGGAACGACAAAGAUUGCACGCUAUCUUCUUGGGGCCAGUGGUCAGAGUGUAGUUGUAGUUGCAAUGGAGUUCGUGAGCGAAACCGCCACAUUACAGAGUAUGCCAGAGGUCAAGGGCGGCCAUGCGACGACAUGCAGCUCAAGGUGAUUGAGCAGUGUAACCCGGUGGAGGGCGCACAGCCACCAGAAGCUUGUCAGACAGAGACGCAGGAUUGUGUUCUACGUCCGUGGCAAGAAUGGAGUACAUGUUCGACGACUUGUGGGCCCGGGCAGCAGACCCGAAAGCGAAGCAUUGCCCAUCAUUCAGUCCAUGGCGGUAAACCUUGUCAGGGAGACUUAAUGCACACCCGGGAGUGCGAUGUUCAGCCUUGCCAUACGGGUGGUACGCAGGAUUGCGUUGUUGGCGCUUGGUCAGAGUGGGGCAGCUGCAGUCAUUGUGGCGGACAACGAUGGCGGCAUCGAGUCAUCGUUUCUUUGCCAAACUAUCGUGGCAGGCUUUGCGAAGAUCGGAGCAUGAAGGAGGUAUCAAACUGCACUUCAGUCUGCCACGAAACUCAUCUGUGCGCUUGGUCGGAAUGGUCUCACAUGCAGUGCUCUGACCAGUGUGGGAGCUGGACGACUCUCCGCAGCAGAGAGAUGAGGCUGCUCCCCAAGCAGGUCUACCCGAGCAGCUACUUCUUCAAGGGCGACAAGCAUUCGAGCUGUUUUGGCUCACAGGUUGACGUGGCCCAGUGUCCCGCCAAGACCUCCUGUGAACAUUGCUCUCCUCGGCAUUGCAGCUUCAGUGCGUGGAGUGGUUGGACGGAUGCAACAUGUGUCGGUCUCUGCGAGAGGCAGCGGGUCAUUGGCCAGAUGAACAAUGAGUGUGGCAGGCCAUGCCAGGGCCCGCUGCUCGAGACCAAGCACUGUCACACGGAUUGUGGCCAUGCGGUUGACUGCAAACUUUCAGAGUGGACCCCGUGGGGUCAUUGCACGAACCUUACGUCGGCUGCCAUCAAGGGCCAGCACUAUCGUCAUCGCCACAUAGUCGUGAAACCUGAGAAAGGCGGGUUGGCCUGUAGUGGAGACUUGCUACAAACCAAGCCGUGUGAAGCUGAAAUGCCUGAGCCUUGUUUAUUCGCACCUUGGCUUACAUGGUCUCAGUGCUCGGCGGUUUGUGGUGAAGGCACGCGGAUGCGGACUCGGCAUCUGCAUCAGGUUGCCGAGGAUGGUGGCAGACAGUGCCACGGACCCCUGCAGCAGGCGCAAGCCUGCCGCGGCUGGCACGAAGGUUGUGAAAGCCACACUCGUGAAGAUUGCCGGCUUGGUGAUUGGAGGGAUUGGACCUCCUGCGGCAUUGGUAAGCAACGAGAGCGAAGGCGCGUCAUCGACAACGAAGCUCUUGCAGGCGGAAAGCCUUGCUUUGGAUCGUUGUUGGAGACGGAAAGCUGUCGUGAGGAUGUCGAUUGUGCAAUAUCUGCUUGGACCGACUGGGAUGUAUGUUCCUCAUCAUGCGGCAGCGGGCAUUCUCGUCGGCAGCGUCAAAUAUCCAAGUUCCCUGAGUUCGGUGGAAAGCUCUGUCCUGAAGACUUGAUUCAGAUCAGGGCAUGUACGUCCAAACCGUGCCAGUCAGAGGACUGCGAAGUUUCGCAGUGGCUCGAAUGGACCCUUUGCUCGGCUUCAUGUGGCUCAGGGCAUCAAUCUCGCAGUCGCCGCGUCCUCAAACUUCGCGGUCCCGGAGGCGAAGGAUGCUUCGCUGCCUUGGCUCAGAAUCGGAUUUGCCAUGGCCGCAGUUGUGUCACGGACUGUGACUGGGGUGCCUGGCAAGCCUGGUCUGCUUGCUCCCAAACAUGUGGAGGUGGAGUAAUGAAGCGCAGCCGAAAUCUUCAAUCUAUGCCAAGUGCGGGUGGCGCUACAUGCUCUCAAAAGGCUUUGUCCGAAGUGUUGCCAUGCAAUCUUGGCGCCUGUGGCAUGCAGUGCGAGGAUGGAGCUUGGGAGGAGUGGGAAGAGUGGGCCCCUUGCUCUCGGACGUGCAAUGGAGGAGAAACCUUCAGGCGUCGUCAAGUUGCAGUGAUGGCAAACAGCUGCGGCUCCCCAGCAGUUGGUGAAAGCAGGGAGAGCAAGUUCUGCAACGUGGCCAUUCCAUGCCACGCCUCCAAGGACUGUCUCCUGACGGCAUGGAGCUCUUGGAAUGCUUGUUCAUCAACCUGCGAAGGAGUUUCGAUGCGCUCGCGAGAGGUUGCUGAGUUUGGUCACGGUGAUGGGCUGUUCUGCUCAGGAGCUUUGAAAGAGCUAGCGCCUUGCAACCCUGCCAGAGAGAAUCAGCAGCUUGACGAGUGUGUUCGUGGCCCACCUGUGGAUUGCCAGCUUCAGCCAUGGGGACAUUGGACAGAUUGUACAGCCACUUGCGGCGGUGGUGAGCGCCAACGAAGUCGCCAGAUUGCGCAAGAGGCCUACAACGGGGGCUUCGGUUGUCAGGAGCCGCUGCUGGAGGUCCUGGAGUGUGCCCGAAGCUUAUGCUACGAAGCGCAUGAUCCCGUGGACUGCGUCCUGGGAGAGUGGCACAGUUGGGGGGCUUGCAACUCUUGCGGAGGCGAGAGGACACGAAUCCGGCACAUAUUGAUGUUUGCUCAAAACGGUGGCAGCGAGUGUCCGCCAGCUGAUGUGGUGCAGACAACCGCGUGCCCGCACAGCUGCGCAACACAGGCAGCAUGUACCUGGGCUGUGUGGGGAUCUUGGGGCCAAUGCUCCAUGUCUUGCGGAGUAGGGGGGCGACGGAAGCGAACCCGAAGCCUCAGCAAGGUCAUUACACCUGUUGAGUAUGCCCGGUCGUCUCCCAGAUACUACCAUUCAAGCCGAUGGAACAUGUUACAAGAGUAUGGUGCACUGCAUCGUCAGGUGCAACAGCUUGAGGGCAAACAUGGACAAGAAGUUGUUCUCUCUUUCUUGUCUGGUGGUGUGAGCAUGCUUAUCCUGCUGGGUGUGCUGAUGAGAGCUGUCAGUGUUGGACGCCAAGUCACUGUAGCCGCCGAAGAGCAAGCUCGUGAUGACUCGGAAGCGCCACUUUUCCCCCAGUGA